GCCCCGCCUCUUGGCCAGGUCCAGUGCCCCUCUACGCAUGCUCUUCUGGUCGAUCCCCUCCGAGGAGUCUCUAGCAGGAAACAAACUUUACCCCGACAAUGUCGCGAUCUUGUCCUCCGGAGCUAAUCAGAACAAGUUUGAUAGAUGAUGCUAAAGCUCGUUUAAAAAAGUAUGAUGUUGGGGCCAAAUAUUCUCACUUGUCGUCUGUCAAAUGUUCCAUCCUUUUACCAUUGUUGGCUAAAGAAGGAAAACUUCAUCUUUUGUUCACUCUCCGGUCAGAAAAGCUAAGAAGGUCACCUGGAGAAGUAUGCUUCCCUGGUGGGAAGCGCGAACCUACAGAUGUGGAUGAUGUGGCCACAGCUCUCCGGGAAUCCCAGGAGGAAGUGGGGCUGUGUCCUCAUCAGGUGGAGGUUGUCUGCUGCCUGGUGCCAUGUCUGCUGGAAGAUGCGUUGCUAACACCAGUUGUAGGAUUUAUAGACCAAAACUUCCAGGCCCUGCCUAAUCCUGAUGAAGUGAAGAGUGUGUUCCUGGUGCCUCUGGAAUACUUCCUGCAUCCACGUGUCUACCGCCAGCAGCCAACACAGUCUGGUCAUCUUAAUAUUCAUUGCUUUGACUACACAAACCCUGAAGAUGGUGUGACUUACUCUAUCACUGGAAUAACUGCAAAAUUUGCACUGUUUGUUGCCUUAAUUAUUUUGGAAAAAAAACCCACCUUUGAGGUUGAAUUUAAUCUCAAUGAUCUAAUACCAUCCUCUGAAGAGUCUUUCCUAAGGCUUCAUAAACAUGCAAAAGGCAAGUUAUGAUUUAUGAGACCAACACCCAAAUAAAUAUCUAAGCGGCUUUCAUGUGUGCUCAUCCACAGACCAAUAAUGCCAGCUGGUAGAUUUUGACAGGUGCGAAUAUCGUUCCUGCAAUGUGAAGGUAAAAACCUUGCCUUAUUUUCAAUUGCCUUCUGUUAUCUGAAAGAACAAAAGUCUUUCCAAAGUGAAAAAUGUGUUUAUAAUAUUGCAUAAUUUCAGCCACAAUAUAUUAACACUAUUUUUCUUACACAUGUAAGAAAAAGUAUCUGGUACAUAGUAGGCACUUAAUAAAUAUCUGUUGAAUAUA